AGUCUUCCAAAGACGACUGCGGAUCACUAGAGAGAGAGGGUAGAAGCAAUGGAAGGUCUGAUGACAGCUCGAAGAGCUACCGUAAUUCUCGUAAUCUUCUCUUCGAUUCUCUCCUUCAUCCAAACCUCUUCUUCUCAGCAGAUUCAAAUCCUCACUGCAGAACGAAGGAUUGACUUGACCUCUCACAUUGUACGGGUGUACUUGACAUUGAAGGUUGAAAAUAUUGGAACAUCACCAGCUGCAGAAAUCCUUCUUGCCUUUCCACCAACACAAGCUGAACAUUUAGCACUAAUAAAAGCGGCUUCAAUUGAAGGAAAACGAAAAAAGAGAACAAUUGUACCCCUUGAUGUAAACCCCACUGAGUUACCUGAUACACCAAAUGGUGCCCAGUUGUUCUCUGUCUCUUUGCAAAAACCGUUAAACACUGGUGAAACUGUGACCUUGGAGGUGCUUCUCAUAUUAACACAUUCUCUAGAACCUUUCCCGACAGAGAUUGGCCAGUCAGAUUCCCAACUUGUAUAUUACCGUGAUAGUGCAAUAAUCUUGUCACCUUACAAUAUUAUAGAACAGACCACAUACGUGAAAACACCUAGUACCAAGUUGGAAUCUUAUACAAGAGUUGAUCCUACUAACCGUGCGGGUACAGAACUAAAGUAUGGGCGCUAUGAUGACCGUUCUCCUUACUCGUUUUCUCCUAUAAUUGUGCAUUUUGAGAAUAACCAUCCAUUUGCUGUUGUCGAGGAGCUUGAACGUGAAUUGGAAGUAUCUCAUUGGGGCAGCCUUCAGAUCACAGAGCGAUACAAACUGGUUCAUGCAGGUGCAAAACACAAAGGAGUUUUUUCGAGGGUUGAAUAUCAAUCAAGACCAUCUGUUAGUGGUGUUUCUUCAUUUAAGAAUCUUCUUGCAAGACUGCCUCCUCGUGUGCACUCCGUCUACUAUCGGGAUGAAAUUGGGAACAUCUCAACUUCACAUUUGCGUGCUGAUUCUCAGAAGUCGGAACUCGAAAUAGAACCACGGUAUCCUUUAUUUGGAGGUUGGAAAUCCACAUUUGUCAUUGGAUAUGUGCUACCACUGCAAGAUUUCCUCUUCGAAUCAUCCGAUGGCAGGCGUUACCUAAACUUCAGUUUUGGAUGCCCGCUUGUUGAGACAGUGGUUGACAAGUUGACCAUUAAAGUGGUGCUUCCGGAGGGAUCAAAAGACCCCUUUUCUGUAGCUCCUUUCACAGUAGAGCAAAGUCUGGAGAGAAGUUAUUCAUACCUUGAUGUUGUUGGAAGGCAUGUUGUGGUUCUGAAGAAGGAAAACAUCGUCCCUGAGCAUACCAUUCCUUUCCAGGUUUACUAUAAAUUCAACCCUAUUUUCAUGCUUGCGGAGCCGCUGAUGUUGGUUUCUGUCUUUUUCCUGCUUUUCGUGGCUUGCAUUGCUUACCUGCACAUUGAUCUCUCCAUCCGCAAGUCGUAGUGCCAGUAGUGCGCAGAUAACAAAGGUCAAACAGCAGUAGCAUGGUGUAUCAGUAGGAACAGAAAGGUAGCCAUAGGAAGAGCUAUAGCAGGUUUUGCAUGUGCAUUGAAGUAAAAUUAAAAGAUUUUGGAUAGUGCCUUUUAAAUUACGAGCUGAAGAAAACACUGCUCUGCCUUGUGGUGAGUUGUAUGCAUUGUUCUUUUUUCAUAUUCCCCCUUCAUUCUGUUUGGCGUUCA